AUGCUCGAGCUCCUUCAUGAUGGGCAUCAAGGCAUCAACCGGUGCAAAGCUGUGGCUUGGGAAUCAGUCUGGUGGCCGGGCAUCAACAACCAGAUGGAGACACUGGUGUCUAACUGCCCCAAGUGUGCCGAAACCAGGGUGCAGCGCUCGGAACCUACGCUACCGUCAACCACUCCAACUCGGUCCAGGGAAGUGGUGGGCGUCGAUCUUUAUCACUUGAACGGCCAGGACUAUCUCCUUCUUGUUGAUUACCGGUCACGCUUCCCGGAGGUCAUCAGCCUGCUCUCGACGUCAACACCUGCUGUAAACAACGUCAUCAAGAGCGUCUUGGCGCGCCACGGGAUCCCGAGACUGGUGCGCAGCAAUAACGGUCCUCAGUUUGCUGCAAGAGAGUUCUCCGCCUUCGCCGUUUCCUAUGGUUUCCGCCACGUCACUAGCAGCCCCCCUUUUCCACAGUCGAACGGAUGGUGA